AAAAAAUCCCAGGUGUGGAGUUUGUCCAUGCUGUUGCAGACAUGACCAUGGCAGACUUCCUCUCCCCCAUUGAAGACGUUCCCUCCAUCGUUCAAUCAUUCUUUUUGCUAGACAAAGUUAUCAACCACGAUGGGCAUACCUUGCCUUUGCUGGCCGUGUAGGUGACAGAGUUACUGGAUGGAAUUUUCAUCGCUUGCUCUUUCAACCAUGCCGUCGGUGAUGGCACCUCUUAUUGGCAUUUCUUCAAUCAAUGGGCGGAGAUAUGCAGGAAUGUCAAAGCCGGAAAGCAUGAUGAUCACAUCUCUCGCCCACCAGUCCUCAAACGCUGGUUCCUCGAUGGUCACGGCCCCAAAAUCAACUUACCUUUCUCUGACCGUGAUGGGUUCGUUGACAAGUACCAGAUGCCACCCGUGGAUCUCAGGGAGAGGUUCUUCCAUUUCUCAUCACAAUCCGUUGCGAAUCUCAAAGCCAAGGCAAACGCCGAGUACAACACCACCGCCAUAUCCUCCUUCCAGGCCUUGUCUGCACUUGUCUGGAGAUCUGUGACACGGGCACGCCGUCAUCUACUCAGCCAUCAGAAAACGACUUGCAGGUUAGCCAUCAAUAAUAGAUUAAGACUGAACCCACCAUUAUCCCCAAACUAUUUUGGAAAUCUUAUUCAGGCUGUGUAUGCAAGUGCCACCGUUGGAGAACUUCUCAGGCAUGGAAUUGGGUGGGCAGCAUGGCUAUUGCACGAGGCUGUGAUUGACCACAGUGACAGUAAGGUGCGUGGAGAGCUGGAGAUGUGGAUGAAGAAUCCUUACCAGUUUGGCAAUUUCUUCGAUCCUUGUAGCGUCAUGAUGGGUAGCUCACCCAGAUUCAAUAUGUAUGGGUGUGACUUUGGAUGGGGAAAGGCAGAGGCUGUUCGAAGUGGGUCUGCAAACAAGUUCGAUGGAAAAUUAUCUUCAUACUCAGGGCGCCAAGAAGAAGGAAGUGUGAACUGA